AUGGCUUCUUCUUCUACAAAAGUGUCGAUGAAGCUUCUUAUUGACACAAAGAACCAAAAAGUUCUUUUUGCUGAAGCUUCAAAGUCUGUUGUAGACUUUCUGUUUAACCUUCUUUGCUUGCCGAUAGGCACUGUAGUUAAGCUCCUAAGUGCUAAUGGCAUGGUAGGCAGCUUAGGCAAUCUUUAUCAGAGUGUCGAAAACCUCAACCAGAAUUACAUGCUGCCAGACCAAACUAAAGAUGUUUUGUUAAACCCUAGAGCUCAGAGCUCUUCAACUGAAAUCUCUGGCUUCCUUACCAAUAAUGAUGCCAAGUCUGACGAUGACCAAGGACCUAAGUUAUACAUGUGCACAAAUAAAUGUAAUUUUCAGGUGACUUAUGAUAACAAACUUCAAUGUCCUGGCCGUCCCGGGUAUGGUGGUUGCGGCUAUACAAUGACCAAUGAAGUACGAUAUGUUGGAAAUAAGAAGGUUGCUGAAAAGAAAGUUUUUUCCAAUAUCAAGAGUGGUUUUGUGAAGGAUAUUGUAACUUUUAUGGUGAUGGAUGAUUUGGUGAUUGAGCCAAUGUCAACCAUAUCUAGCAUCACACUGUUGAACAAAUUCAAUGUGAAAGAAAUUGGUACCUUACAAGAAAAGGUUGUUGAGAUGGGCAUGGAAGAGGGUAUUAAGUUGCUUAAGGCGUCACUGCAAUCAAAGAUGGUGCUGACAAGUGUUUUCAUCAAGAAGCAAAAGUGA